AUGGCAUUGUUAAAUCCCACCUUCAUCUUUGGGGUGAUAGUCCUCCUAUACCUAUCCUCCUUUGUACUUUUCGCCAUAAUACGAAUUAUAACAGGCAUAUCUAUUCAGCGCAUCGGUUACUUCUCCCUGAGGAGACUCGCAUUUACCCCGAAAGAUGGGAUCAAGCUUGAGAUUCGAGGUCUGGGAAUAAACGUUCAUCGACCUACCUUCGCACAACCGACAUGGCUCAGCAUUGUUUUGACGGAGCUGGCAGUUACUCUGGAUCUGAAGGUUUUAGAUGGAGACAAAUCGGCACGCAUUCCUGAGGAGAAUGGAGGGGUGGAAGAAGAAAAGAAGGAUGGCUCAGGUCGCGAGGUCGAGCCCGAGAUCAAACCACUAUCUCGGCGUGCCACCUCCUUCAAGCCGCAGCGCAGCAAAAUGUGGGAGCAACUUACGAGCAUCAAGAAUCGAAUUAAACGUUUACACCGAAAUAUAAAUUGGAUUCGCAUGGUGGAUGUCGUGGCCUCGAAUUCGUCGGUCACCAUAGUUGAUGUUGGUAACAUACAGUUGGGAAGUUUUACAAUGGCAGUGGAUACCAGGAGGAAAACAGUUGAUCGUGGAAGGAUGUUUACACAUGUGAAGCAGGCAAACAGUAAUCAGAGUCCAGCGGAAUGGAUGCUAACCAUCCGCAGCGUUCUGUUCACACCGGAGGGAGGGGACUCUUUGGAGGUAUUGGAUCACCUUACAUUGAACAUACACGGAAUACUGUACAAGGAACUUGAUGGUCUGCGAGAAGCAGCAAUCGCCUUGAAGCUAGGCCGAGUCCAUAUACCAUAUGACGAUAUAAGUACGUGUAUAGACAAAUAUAAGGGUUGUCGCAAACCGCGCAAAUCCAAGGACGCAAAAACUGCACCCAAGGAGAUAUCUGUGGCAAGCGUUGUCGGGGAACUCGAAAGGCCUGGCAGCGAAGAGGAAAAUCUUGUCCAGACGGUGUCGGAUUCUAAAGAGUUUGCGAGCUCUAUUCUUCGGGGUAUAAAGGAAGUGCAGUUUGCAGUGAGCUACAUUGGAUUCAGUAAGAAGAUUACGUCAAUACAACCUUCAGGUUCGCCAAUGUAUCUCAAUGCUUCUAUGAAGGAGGUCGGAGUGGACCUUCAUCGUUUGGAUCAAAAGUCUCCCGCCCACCGAAUGUAUUUUUCCUCCAAAGAUAUUGCCCAUCAGGCUCUUAUUGCGGCCCUUUCUAUCUCUAUCGGAGUUGAUGAUGGUCGGGGAAAAUCCGACAGACUAGUCUAUGUUCCAAUGGCAACUACCACAAUUCGAACUACAUCUCUAUCAAAAACCGUUCAAUUUGCUGCGGAUAACAGUGCGGACGAGCGAAACGCAAAUAUUUUGUUCGCUAAUGCCGUCGUCACAUCACCCUCUAUUGAUCUUGAUCCGAGACAUCUCCCCCUUGUUUUAGCCAUGACAAAAUCAAAGCCAAAAUCUAAGAAGAAUAACACACCCGAAAGUCAUAUACUAAUAUCUCGGUUGUUACCUAAAGCUAAUGUCAAAUUAUCGAUGCAUGAGCCUGUUCUUCGGAUUGCUUUACCCCCUGUGGAAGAAACCGCAGACGAAGAUGAUUUCGAUCUUAUCAUAUCUUCUCUAUCCUCCAUAUCUCUGGAUAUAGAAUCUUCGCAUUCCGCGGUGGGAGAAUUGCAUUACAGUCUUGGAUCUACGUUACGACUACAGUCCCAGGAUCUCUAUUACCAAACCUGCUCCGGAUCUAGAUUUGACUUGCUUCAAAUUGAAACACUCGAUCUGAAAGUCUCGGUCAGUGCUAAUCCAGAAGUUUAUGUUGUCGCUACGGGUAAUGUUCAAACAUUUUCGGUACAUAUGGUUCGACCCGAGAUUAGUGACGGUGUUCGCCAAAUCGUUCGCCAGCUCAGGCUCAAUGUUGAACCAGAUAAGAAACCUCACUCUAAAAGUUCUCGAGACCCAAAUUUUAUCCGUGCGCUACCUCCUUGGUUGUUGCAUUUUCAACUACAGGGCUCUGAUUUCAGCGCUGAAGUCGCUGGAAUUGAUGCAUCGAUAGCAGAUGACACACGGGGUGUUGCAAUUCAAUUAGAAUCUUGGACGGCCGAAUACAGAGCCCAAAAAGUCGAGUCGAAUGAAAGAAGAAUUCGUCGUCGUGCAGGAAGUCGUUCUCUCACUCCGGAUCCUGAAAUAUUCCUUACCAUGCCUCCCUCACCUAGAAAAAGGCGUGAUCAGCACCCAACUGAUGGUAGGCGAUUAGCAGUCCACGUUCGUGGAUUUGAAGCAUUUGUCGUCGAGUCAACAGAAAAAUGGGAAGUAGAGCCAUUUGUUGCAAUUCCUAAAUUUGAGGUUGCUCUCUCAACUUCGAGCGACAAUCAAGGACCAAUAUUCCAUCUCAACUCGCACGUGAAGAGCAUUUUGGUGCAAUACUCGUUAUAUCGACACUAUGCUUGCGGUGUGGCUUUGACAAUGCUUAUGAAGGCUUUUGUUCGCACAAGUGCCGAUGUUGCAGAAGCCGAAAAGGCAGCAAGUGCAUCAGCAUCAACAUGGAAAUCCGAUCCUUCCACACUUCUAUCGCCUGUGACUUCCCCUGGUGGAUUCGCGUGGCCUGGAAAAGAUGAUCAUGAAUUUGCUUUCGGGGUCAAGGAGUUGGUCACCGUAGACUUUAGAUCUACCUUGAUCCAAAUCAAGGCUCAUCUGCCAUCGGACCCCAAGCUAAUGAUCCAAAUAUAUGGCGCCGACGCUGGUCGCCACAGGUGGUCGGCACCUUUCUUUCACGCGAAGCUAAUUCGCUUGUAUGCCGAGGCUCCUCAAAUGAAGAGGGUUUGGGCCAGAAUUGCCAGCAUAAAGUCGGCUAGAAUCGACCUUCGCGAAAAACGCCAAAUGCGUAGUUCCGGUGAGAUGCACGAAGAGAAGACAAUAGAUAUCACAACCAAUGCCAUAAGGCUGGCGGUACCGCAUCAGCUCGUUCUGCACACAAUUGUCGAUAACGUUGUCAACACACUCAAAGCUGUGGAACAACUUCACCAUCGGAUAAAAACGGGUACUAACGAAUACAUUCUCGAUAAGCAUCCAGAAGGCCCGAAGCUCAUCCCAAGACUGUCAAUACGUAGUAAAGCAUUACUUUUCGAGGUAGAAGAUGGAGCCUUCGAGUGGAAACUGGGUGCUAUAUACAGAGCUGGUCUGAUUGAGCAACAGCAACGCUUGGCACGAGAAGCGGCAUUCGAUGUAAAAGCAAAGAAGAUUGAAGAGGAAGAAAUGCGCAGAGACACGCAUCGAUACCGGAACAGAUCAGCACAUCCUCGUGGUCGUAGCAACAACAAGGAAGAUUCCUCAAGACGACACAAGAGCGCGGGCGAUGACUUGCAGGAAGAGCGCUCACCUAGAACUCAACGAGGCCGGAAGUUCCGUUACGAUCCUGAAGGAACAUGCGGGAUAAGUGGAACCGCGAAAAUAUCUGUCUCUGAAGCGCAUGAUAGGCUCCGACGCCAUAACGCCCAGAGCUGGAAGAGAAGAAUCGACAGGAUUUAUGACAUUGCAAAGGAUGGCAUGAAAAAUCUACGUGGCGUCUUUUGGGGACCUGACGAACUACCUGACGAUAUGGAGGAAACUGAAAAUAUAUUGGAAGUUCCACAGCGACCUGCAUUGAUGAGCACUUUAAUUAGUGACCUGCAUAUAACGGUUGAUAAACCAUCUUUCCCCAUGAGCCAGCUUCCUGAUUUUCUUCAUAAAAUGGGAAAAGGUAUGCCGCGAGAUAUGCAGUACUCACUCCUUAUGCCAAUGAAUGUCCAAAUCGAUAUGGGAGAAGCACGAGUGACGCUGCGGGAUUACCCAUUACCUCUAUUGCACGUUCCAGCAAUCAAAGCUGGCCAGUCACCAAGAAUGCCAGCUUGGUCCCUCAAGACGGAUUUUGUUAUAGCUGAAGAGUUUCGAGGACCGGAGUCUGUUCGUCAUGUGAAAGUCGAUAUCAUUCCUCAACUUAAUCAUGAGCCAGGAACGUCAAAAACAAGAAGAUUUGCCAUAGAUGUGCGUAGGACAGUUUCACCUGUCAAAUCCUAUUCGGAUAUACAAGUCAACAUUAACACUGGGUUGCCUACUCGUAUAACCUGGGGUGCUUCUUAUCAACCGGCCAUUCAGGAUAUGAUGAUGGUCAUUGAAACAUUUACAAAACCACAAGUCGAUCCUUCUGAAAGAACUGGAUUUUGGGAUAAGCUUCGUCUUAGUUUCCAUUCCAGAAUUGACGUUUCAUGGAAGGGGGACGGAGAUGUUCAUUUCACAUUAAAAGGAACUCGAGAUCCUUACAUUGUCACCGGAGAUGGUGCUGGGUUUCUUAUGUGUUGGCGCAACGAUGUGCGGUUGAGUGUAUGCCGGGAUGAUGAUCCACGCAAAUUCAUCACUGUGGAUAGUGGCGAGUAUAUCCUUGCUAUACCUGAUUUCAGCCAUCAAGCUCGCGCCACUGCCUCAGAGCAGACGGAUAAUGAUAGCGUGUUGAGCUCCGACAGCUUCACGCAUGGUGCGACUUUCAAAAAAGUAGUAAUGAAACUAUCCGGUAAUGUUCAAUGGCUGGUUGGUCUUAUGUUUGAGAGAGAUCUCGACGAUGGGACACGUUCUUUCGACUUCGAGCCACAUUACAAUGUAGUGACAAAGGAAGUUCAAUACUGUAAAGGUCCACCAGGUCAGGAAUAUGAUGCUUUUCGUGGUUUCCGUAGUCACCACAUUCAUAUGUCGAUUGCAGUCAAAGCACCCGUUGACCGUGAGUGGUCUGUAUCGAAUGUGGAGCCUUCAAGAAGCUACAACACUGUACAUCUCACCCCUCGAUUUUUCACCCAUUUCUUUUCUUGGUGGUCGAUGUUUGGUGGCACUAUGUCAUUGCCAAUUCGACAAGGUUCGUUGUGGCCAGGAAUCGAGAAGUCUAGCAAGAAAUUUGGUAGACAUCUUGCCACAAUCAAGUACAAUCUGUUACUCGCACCUUUGUUCCUUAGCCACGUAUACAAACAUAAAGAUGCAGAGGACUAUUCUGAAGAUGUCGUGUCUGCUACUGGUCUCAAAAUGAGAUUAGAUAGCUUUAUGCUCGACAUGCAUCAACGAAGAGAAGAGUUCAUGACACAAGACAAAGGCCGAAACACUCAAACCAAAACAAGCGCCAUGAAACUACAUCGAGCACAACUAGAUUUGCUGUCGGCAGAUAUUCGUGCCAUCUCUGCUAGUAUUGCAGGAACGACACCGGAAGAUCUUCAAAAGGCGUCUGCCCCUACUUUGGUAUCCCAACUGGAACGAGGUCAAACAGAUCUAUCACAUUUCGAUAUCCCAGACAAUGAUUUUACCUGGAUUGAUAUGGAUGAUUUUGUUGAAUUAGACUGGAUACUUCCAGCCGAAGCAAACCCAGAAACGAAGAUUUUGCCUUUGGCAUUUGCUCCACGUUUCACAUAUUUCAGACAAACUGACCACGGUGACAAUAUUGCUGGCGAUCCAGAGCGAACAAGUCCUUUCGGUAACGAACCAACACACUUCUGCAUCAUGAGUAAAGAUGACGAUCCACGACGAGUUCAAUGUCAGCUUAUCAAUGACCGAUUGAUUCAACUUGAUAAGCAAAUUGAAGAUCACCAAGAAGCCCUCGAGUCAGCCGAGUGGGCAUAUUCGCAAGACCCGCAAAAUCCGACCCUCAAAGCUAAAUAUGACCAAUUGAGUAUUCAUGGCCCAUUUUUGCGCAAUAAAAAGAUCUUCUUGGAAUCGAUGAAACAUGGUAUGCUGGAGCGUGUGAAUACCAAUGAUCCACGAAUCAUUCCUGAUGGCGGCGAAGAUGCUGGUCGUGAAGGUGAAAGUCCAACAGAUGACUAUGGUAUCGAGUCAGAAGCGAUUGAUGACAAUUCUCCCGCUGGUGAUUUCGUCAGUGAUUUUAAUAACCGUUUCGUCAUCCAUAACAUGCAAUUGAAGUGGAAUAAUUUAUUGCGAAACAUCAUUCUUCGUUAUAUUCACCAAGUCAGCCAAAGACGAGGCUUUGUGUAUUAUCUAUCUCGAAGAGCAGUAAAGUUCAUACUUGACAUUGUCGAAGAGCAAAACAAAGCCAAGAACCCCCGGCCGACUGAAGCACAAUCAAGAGAACCUUCUAUGAAAUUUGCGUCCAGAGCUCAAACGCCAGAUGUGCCAGAUGUGGCAGCGACACAGCAAGUUGAGGAUCGUAUCAAAGAGAUUUUGGCUGACGGGAAGAAAUUUGUAAACGCAGAUGAUCCUCAAGGCCACGAAUCUAUGCAAGGAGUGUCAACUGAUCAACUAGUUUCUAACAUUGCUUCCGAAUUCACACCACAAAACAGUUAUCAUGUCCGACUCAUCGCACCGCAAAUACAACUUCAAAGUGAGAAGAAUCCGAAGUCUGUCGUAAUGGUAACGGCUAAAGGAAUGGAGCUAAAAGUUGUCGAGGUUAUGGAUAACCACCGUAUAUUUGAUGAUGUCAGUGGUCUUGUACAACGUCGCUUCUCAGUCGAAAUGGACGGUACGCAAUUCUUCGUUACACACCAAAAAUGGUUUUCAUCUCAGCUUUUGGCGUUGUAUUCCAACAGUCGCUAUGGUACCACCGCUGGAUCAGCUUGGCCUCCUUGGGUACCGAUGGAAGUUAUGUUCGACUUCCAAGUUGAUCCAUUUGGAUUCAAACGUGUUGUGCAAAAGACCUCUGCAAGUUUACGCUACGAAAAAUACAACACGUUGCGUCUCAAAUACAACGAUGAAAUCAGUAACGAAAAUGGCCACGCUUCCGGUCCAAAUGGAAUGGAGAGUCGCAUCGACAAUCUAUGGGUAGAGUUUCCAAAGGUUCAGGCUCUAUGUAACUCAUCGCAAUAUUAUGCUAUGUACAUUAUUGUAUUAGAUCUGCUUAUGUAUAGCGAGCCUCUUGAAAAGACGAGAAAUGAACGCCUCGAAAAGAUUAUGCUCGCGUCCGAUUUCAGCGACUUGCGUGGGGCUCCCGAGAUGGUUAUUCGCCUCCAAGAACGGAUUAGACAGCUCGAUGAGAUCAAAACUCAAUUCCAAAUUCAUGCAAAGUCGCUUGAUAAAAAGGGUUGGGAAGAUAGAAUUAUGUUGGAUCGAGAUCUUGCCGCUUGUGAAGAUGAACUUUUCUUUAUGAUGAAGGCCAUCACAACUUCUCAGCGAAAGUAUGAUGCUACGCAAACUAGCGGUCUUCUAAGAUGGAACAUCUCCUCGGACCAAAUCGUCUGGCAUCUUCUUCGUGAUAAUAACGAACCUUUGAUGGAAUUCCAAAUUCAACGUGCCGAGUAUGAUCGAACUGAUAACUCUGAUGGUUCGCAUAUCAAUCUCAUGCAGAUCGGAAACAUUGUAGGGCUCAAUCUGAUGCCGGAUGCCAUAUAUCCGGAGAUGUUUGCUCCAUACUCCGAUGCUGCUGAACGUGGAGCAUUCAACGAGGGAGGAAAUCAACAAAUGCUGAGAGUUUACUGGUACAUGUUGGAAGCUAUCGCCGGUAUACCGGUCAUGGACCAUUUCGAGGUCAAUCUUUUCCCAAUGAAGAUCCAGCUUGAGCGCGAGGUUGGUAAGAGACUUUUCGAGUACAUGUUUCCCGGACAUGAUGACGACAAGUCGAGCUCGAAUGCCACGAAAAACAAAUCUCCAUUCAUGGUGAAAAACAUGAUGCCUAUGGAUGACGAUGAAGAUGAAAAUGAUACCACCACGGGUAGUAAUUCUAUCAACCUACAUGUUACUGAUGUGGAUAAUACCGACUCUGCAUCGAGCACGCGAGCAGGAUCACUGGAACUUCGAUUACAUCCAACAAUGAACUCUGAAUAUAGACCAACAACGUCUGCAUCUACAAAAAGCAAAGCGAGCAGUAUGCUUUCAGGUUACAGUGGUGACGGUCAUCAUUUUAGACUCUUCCAAUCCAACAAGAAUUCUACGGCGUCGAGGAGAGGAUCAUCGACAAGAACGACAAUUUCAAAGAAGCCUUCACUCGAAAGCUUACAGUCCGGUCAAUCAUUGAAACCAACGGUAACACGAUCAGGGACUUCUUCAAUAAUGAACGAACCAGUGUCAACGAAUGGAGAUGCUAAAAGCAAGCGAUUUGGUGUUCGUGGCAGCAAGACAAAUAAAGAGAAGCCAUCGGACGACCUGACCAAAAUGAUGAGUCGUGCAUCUGAGUACAUGACCCUCGCUUAUGUCAAAAUUCCUAGUGUGGUUCUUUGUCUCAGUUAUAAGGGUAAAGGUGACCGGAAUAUCGAGGAUGUACAUGAUUUUGUCUUUCGGUUGCCUGCGAUUGAAUACCGAAAUAAAACCUGGUCAAACCUUGACCUUGCCCUUGCUCUCAAAAAGGAUGUCAUUCGCGCAUUGAUAUCACACACUGGAGCCAUCAUUGGCAAUAAGUUUACUAGACAUCGUCCUACCGUAGCACAACAAAGUCGUUUGAGAGAAUUGGCCACGAGCAGUGUUGUUCUCAGUCAGCCUCCAUCCAGCAACGAGGACUCCUAUGAUAAUAGCGAUGCGAGCAGUACUUUUGCCAUCAGUCCAACAGAAACCCGUCAUUCCGAUCGAUCACUGAGCCAUCAAGCUGACCGACCAAAAAGUCGCGAGAGAAGAAAAUCAUUUGCAUCUAGCCGGAAUGGUAUAGAAGCUCCCGCAAGUGGAUCCAGUAGCGUUUACUCUGGCAUCUCACAAGCUUCAAGACCCCCCUAUCAAGCCUCAUUCACGAUGACCCCGGCAAGUAGGGAAAAUGAUGGGGAUGCAAGUUCGUUAAGACCUUUUAGCAGAAGUGGUGGGACUGAGGGACAUGCAAUGGAAAGGCCUCAUUCUUCGGCCGGCGCAUUCAUGGUAAAUACAUUGCAGAGGCUGAAGAAAAAUCCACUUAAUCAUAGGGAUGCAGUGGGAAGCAGCCCAACUUUGAUUGACCAUGGGCGGGGAUUGAAUGAGGAUUCAGAUAUGGAUGCAGACGCUGGUGGAGGGGAGGUAACGCAUAUUGAGGGGAGAAAAAAAGCGAAGUCGUUACUAGGGAGGUUGUAA